AUGGAAGGCUUUGAGUUCAAUACCAGGAAUGCCACAGUUGUGCAAGGUUAUUUAACUGUUUCCAUUGAGCCUCUUCAUCCUGUUAUCAUUGGAGACACAGUCACACUCAAGUGCAACUUCCAAACAGACGGCAACCUCCGAGAGAUUGUGUGGUUUCGGGUGAGCCCUCAGGUGACUGAAGUAGGCAAUGCCAAGCAGAAGAUUUUCACCUAUGAUGCCAUGUACAACACCAGCUACUCCCACAUGGAGGACAAUCGCAGGCGAGAGGACCUGGUCUACCAGUCGACUGUGCGGCUUCCUGAGGUUCAGAUGGAUGAUGACGGUCUGUAUGAGUGCCAUGUGGGGAUCUAUGACAGGAGUUCCACAGACAAAGUGAUUCUAGCCUCUGGCAUCAUCACUCUCACUGUCAUAGUACCUCCAAAGUCUAUCUCUUUGGUGGCAGCCAACAGCCCGGCUCUUUUCAGCCGCUACGAGGCCCAAAACUUCACUCUGGUUUGCAUUGUUGCAGGAGCAAAGCCAGCUCCCAUGGUGUACUUCAAGCGGGAUGGAGAGCUUAUUGAUGUGGUGCCAACUGCCAAGGUUUCCUCCUCAGUGGAAGACAAAAGCAAGGGCCCAGAUCUAGAAAAGAGAUGGAACAGGAGCCAGACACGGCUCUGGAGCUCCCGGGCUCUCUCCAGUCAAGACCUAGAUGACACCAAACUCCAGAAGUCCUUGUCCCUGCUGGAAGAAGAGGGGAAGCUGGCUCAGCUGGGCCAAGACAGCUCCCGUGGCCCCGAUAAGGGCAUAGAGCAAGAGUCCGAGUCGGACCCAGAGUCAGCUACUGAGGUGAUACCCGAGACGGUGGUGAGCCGGGAGUUUCCCCGCUGGGUCCAGAGCAACAAUCCGCUCUACUACUUCAAGCACCAGCAGCAGGAGGCAGUUGAUGGCACCAUGGAGGUGAGAGCCAUGCUAACUUGGAGCCUCAACCCCCAGCUGGAUAAUGAGGCUCUGUUCAGCUGUGAGGUCAACCACCCAGCCCUGUCCAUGCCCAUGCAGGCUGAGGUCACACUCUCUGCUCCCAGAGGACCCAAGCUGUCCAUGAGCCCCAGUAAGGCCAAGGUGGGAGACACAGUGCGGAUCGCUGUCCAGGGCUUCCAGUUGGGACCUUCUGCAGUUUUUCCUGAGCCCAUAUACACCUGGACCAAAGUCGGCGGGCAUCUGCUAGAUGGCAGAGAGGGGCAUGCCGGAAGGGAACUGGUCCUGGACAGAGUUCCUGCUGAGCUCAAUGGUUCAAUGUUCCGCUGCACGGCCCAGAAUCCUCUGGGCUCCACAGAUACCCACACCCGCCUCAUCGUAUUUGACAACCCAACACUGAAGAAAGGAAAAGAACAUGUUUUUGCCACUGACACAGCAGUCAGUCAGCGCUCCCUCACAUUAACCUCCAUGUUGCUGCUACUGAGCUUCACCUGUGAGCUGACGUGAUCCGAGGCUCUACUGCUCCUCCACACACCUCCACCCACAUCUACCUGAGGCACCUGCUCUUUAAUGGCCCCCGGCAGUAGCUUAACCUCCACCCGGCUGUUCCAGCAGCGCUGAACAUUAAAGGUGCAUCAGGCCUCCACCCCUUGCGAGAGAAGACAGAUACUACAGCAUCAAACACAGAGCAAAGGUAGCAGAGCAAACUUCUGCACAGCAUGCUGUCGCACAGCGAUAAGUCACUCUACCACUCUGACUGAUUAUGAGUUUGUAAGAGGCUUUAACUGCAUCAUACUGAGGGAAAGGUUGGAUGUAGUGGGUGUGAUGCCACCUAUAAAUGUGUGCAAGGUUCACACUGGAUCCCAGGGAAUAAUGGCCCUGGGGAGGGGGGGGGUGCAGCUGCCAAUAAGUAGAGCCAGCUCUCUUGCUCACACCACACUUAUGGGACACCGCUAGAAGCAAUAUUAAAGCCCUCAACUCCAAUUGCACAAAAAUGUGAUAUCAUCCUGAAUAUGUGGAGGGCAGACAGCCAUGAGAAGGUGUCAAAGAAGCUGUGACCGCCCAUCAGGGCUGCUCAGACCCCCAGGUGUCGAUCGCUCAUUAUCCUGUGGGAUCUGGUGAAGGAGUUUUAGGUUGUUUGUGUUCUCAGAAAUCAUUCGUUCAGCACAGUAGGAGCUUUUAUUUCCUUGUGUAGCACAGAUGCUCACCUGUAGCUCCAGAGUGACUGAGCAGCUUUGUUUAGGUCAGAGUCUCUGAAGAUCACAUCAAAUACUAUAAUUUCAGAAAAUGCUUUUAGAACACUUUCAGAAACAAUUGAUUGCAGUUCUUUAGAGCAAAUCAUCUUCAAAUGUUUAGCAUUCAGUUUAUAAUUCUUAGUAAAACAUUUUCUUCCAAAUGACUGUAUCCAUGUAGACUACUGGUGGAACCAGACUCUGUCUGGAGCCAUGCUGGACUGAGAGGGAAGACAGGAGUGUCCCCAUACGCGAGAUGCAUCACUUCCAUUAGGGGUCCAUUAAAUAAAUUAUAUUUUAUUUGCCCAGAACUGAAAUGUUCAUGUUUCUCUGCUCAAGACUUUAAGUAGUAUUCACAUAAUGUUUGUGUCAUGGUAAAACUAGCUAAAUGUUAAUUCUUGUGGUGUGUUUGAUGUGAAAGAAAAGAUUACAGCUAAAUUACCUAAAACAUACAACCUGGUAAAUGUCACAUAAUGUGCAGUCGGUGUUCACCUGCUGGAGAAGCUAACAUUGUUG